UCGGUUUUCAGCCCACCAGCCCAGCUGCCUCCUCCAAUCCAGCAGCUGAGCAGACAUGGACACAUCCACACUUUAAACCCUCUCCGCCGGUCGCUCUCUGUGCGCCUCUCCUCUGCUGCGCCGCGCCGCGCUGCGCUUCCAGUGUGAACGAACCCACUGGCUGGCGGACGCAUGGAAAACUAACUUCUCAUUUUCCUCCGAUUCCCACUCACUCUCCCACUCUCCGUGGAGGCUGUUGUUGUUCCAGACUUCAUGCUCCCCUCAUGCGUCGGGAAAGCCAUGGCCACUCCAAGCGCGCAGCAGCACCACCACCAGCAGAACCAGGAUUACUUUAGAUCCGUAAGCAGCGAGUCUACAACUUACAUGAUGGUUCCCACGGGAGGUCCGAGUGGGUCCACGCGCCGGGAGGCACCGUCCAAAAUGUGGUUGGCCAUGGUGGUGAUUGUGGUGGUGGUCUUGCAGAUUGCGUCCACCACUGGGCUCUUUGUCUACCUGAAUAUGUCCAUCUCACAGGUGCGUAGCCAAGGAGUAACGGAGGAGCUGAAGUGCAUCGGUUUACUGAAUGCCCUGCACAAGGACCAGGACAUCCCAGAUCAGCUGGCCCAGCUCUUGGGAGAGCCCUGCAUCAAACUGGCCGAAGGCAUCAAGGCUUAUAUCUCAAAGGUGACGGAGAACAUCAUCUCCAAACAAACCUUCAUCGAGGCGAGAACGAUGCCUCGCUCGUUCAACAUCUCAAAGAGCUCCGUGGCCCAGAGGCCGUCUGCUCACCUGACUCUUCGAGACAUCGGCUCUCAAGCAGGGUUCUCUCUCAAUCAAAAUACCAAAUCGAGUCUCCACCAGUCCUGUCGUCACGUGGUGCGCUCCUGGGCCAAUCAGAGCUUCGGAGCUCACCUGCACAACAUGACGUUGACCAAUGGGAGGCUGCGAGUGCCUCAGGAUGGACGGUACUACCUGUACUCACAGGUCUAUUUUCGAUAUCCGUCUCCAGCUGCCAGUGAUGGGGACCAGCGUAGCGUCAGCCACCAGCUGGUGCAAUGCGUCUACAAGAAAACCUCCUACCCAGACCCUAUACAGCUCUUAAAGGGUGUAGGAACCAAGUGCUGGGCUCCAGAUGCUGAGUACGCCCUGCACUCGGUCUACCAGGGAGGACUGUUUGAGCUAAGGGCCGGGGACGAACUCUUCGUCUCAGUGUCUUCUCCAACCAUGGUGAAUGCCGAUGAUUCCUCCAGUUAUUUUGGGGCCUUCCGCUUGGACCUUUAAGAACAGGACGGGAGAAGACAAAAGACAAAGAGACUAAGGUGUAAAUGGAGAUAAUGCGACAAAUAUCAGUUGAUCACAAUGGGAAGGCUGGAUCUUGGCUCUUGAGUGUGGGCCACGAUAGACACACCUAUUGAGGACAGUUGUGGGGGUAUACACGUUAGCCUGAAAGACGAACACAGCAAGACGUUUGGAUGAAAGGGAAAGCGAAAAGAGUGGAUUUGUCUUUCCCACUGUCCACAAGAAAAACGUGGUUGGUGGAAAGAUUAUACAGAGGUGUGCAAUCAUAAAUGUGAGGACUGAUUAACAGUUGAUUUGUGCUGUUUGGAUUUUGCAAAAGAUCAUUUGGACAUCUUCACUGAACAGAUCUAUCUCUGUGAUUUUACUCUGUUAACAAACUUUGUUGUAAAAAAAAAACAAAAAAAAAAA